GGCCGGGGGCGAAACAUGGCGGCGGGGGGCGCGAUCCCGCCGGCGGCCGGCAGCCCCCUGAGGGGCACGGCACGGAGCCCACGGCACGGAUCCCACGGCACGGAGCCCCCGCCUCGGCAGCCGCCUUUGUGCAAUAAAUCGGUAUCGUGUUUCCGAGGACAAAAUGUUUGCAAGCAGCAGUCCCAAGAUCCCAGCCCGGCAGCGCGAUUGCUCCCAAUGUACUGCCUUGUUCCUGUCUGUGUCCCCAGCUGUCGCGUAAGCCAUUCCUGCCGUAUCACUUCCUGCAUGUGGGGGUAUUUGCAUGAGAAAAGAUACAGUUUGGCUGUUGGUCCUCCCAAAAAGGUUCCAAAAGUCAAGGGUGUCGAGUCUGCAGCGGUGCAAGCAUUUCUCAGACGGAAAGAAGAAGAAAAAAGAAAAAAAGCAUUGGAAGAAAAAAGAAAGAAAGAACAACUCUUGGCCAAACGUAUUGAACUGAAACAUGACAGGAAGGCACGAGCUAUGGCCUCACGAACAAAGGAUAACUUUUAUGGCUAUAACGGCAUUCCUGUUGAAGAGAAGUCUAAAAAGAGGAGGACUUGUGAGAAUGUUGCUCAGGCUCCAGAGGCUGAGUAUGCAACAGAAGAUGAAGCUGAGCAACUUGAAUAUGCUCAAACAGAAUCUGAGCACGAGCAAGAGGAAUAUGAUGAGAAACCAUCCAAAGCUGCUCUAAAACCAAAGGCACCUCCCAAAAGUGCACCAGCACCUCUAAACUUUACAGAUCUUCUGAGGCUUGCUGAAAAAAAACAAUAUGAACCAGUAGAAAUAAAAGUAGUGAAAAAGAUAGAAGAAAGACCCAGAACAGCAGAAGAAUUGAGAGAGAGGGAGUAUUUGGAACGCAAAAAUAAAAGAGUAGAAAUGCAGAAAAAGAAAAAUGAGAAGGAGAUUAAGAAUACGGGAAUAUCCGGUUCUUCAAAAAAAGUGACUUCUCUGAAAGAAUGUGGAAAUGCAAAACUUAGCAAAAGCUCAGUAGAUAAACAUUCCUCUCCAAAAGGCAGCCUUUCUUCUAUGAGCGGUACUGAUAAGAAAUCCAAAGCACCAGCAUUGACUGAAAAACACUCCCGGUCGUCAUCUUCCAGACCGAGCCAAAUGGAAAAAGUAAAAACCUCUCAAAACGGUUCCUUAAAAAGCUCUACUGGUAGCAGUCAUAGUAAAUUACCUGUCAAUGGCGUAGGAAAGUCUGGCUCAAGUUUCCCUGUGCAGUCCUCAAAACCAUUGGCCAACGGCGCUCAGAGGUUACCCUCUGCUAAAGAAUCCAGCCUGAAAAGGCCUGCCCAUGCGAAAAUGGGAAAUGCCACAGCCCUCCAACACAACGUCAACUCCAGCGCAAAGCGAGCCAGCAGCAGCUUAGGAAAAGGAGGACCUGGGCAUCCAGGUGGCGGUUCAAGCAUAGGACCAGGGCGAUCAGGCAGCAAUUCUGGUGUGGGACCGGGCAGGCCGGGGAGUGGUUCAAGCCCAGGACCUCGGCGGCUGGGCAGCAGCUCAGCUGCAGGACCAGGAAGGCCAGGUGGCAGCUCAGGCGUGGGACCUGGAAGGCCGGGUGGCAGCUCAGGCACGGCCCCUGGGCGACCAGGGAGCAGCUCAGGUGCUGGACUGGGACGGCCAGGCGGCAGCGUGGGCAGCGGGCCAGGAAGGCCGGGCAGCAGCACAAACACAGGACCUGGGCGGCCGGGCAGCGGCACAGGAACAGGACCAGGAAGGCCGGGAGUCGGCCCCAGCACAGGACCUGGGCGGCCGGGCAGCGGCUUGGGCACUGGACCAGGAAGGCCAGGGGUCGGCCCGAGCACAGGACCUGGGCGCCCAGGCAGCAGCUCGGGAACAGGACCAGGAAGGCCGGGAGUCAGCCCAAACCCAGCACCUGGGCGACCGGGCUUGGGUACAGCUGUAAAGCCUAAGUGUACUGUUGUGUCAGAAACGAUUUCUUCUAAAAACCUAGUCACAAGGCCUAGCAAUGGACAGAUAAAUGGAAUGAGACCUCUACAAGGGCAUAGACCCAUGUUCCGUUCACAAGGUAUUGGGAGACCACCUAUUGGUUACAAAAGACAAAUAGAUGACGAUGAUGAUGACGAUGAAUACGACUCUGAAAUGGAUGAUUUCAUUGAAGAUGAAGGCGAACCCCAAGAAGAAAUAUCAAAGCAUAUUCGGGAGAUAUUUGGAUAUGACCGGAAAAGAUACAAAGAUGAAAGUGACUAUGCCUUACGUUACAUGGAGAGCAGCUGGAGAGAGCAACAGAAAGAAGAAGCUAGGAGCUUGAGACUCGGUGUUCAAGAAGACCUAGAAGAAUUGAGACGGGAAGAGGAAGAACUAAAACGCAAGAGACAGUCUAAGAAGCUGAGGACACGUUAACUGACUUAUGGUGUUGACUUCUUUCAUUUUUCUGCUACCCUCUGCCUCCAUACAUCUCUUAUUCUACUUCAGUUUCCAUUUGCUUGUUAGAGGGCAAAAGAAUAUGUUAAAGGGAUGAAAGAACUGAAAAAUAAAGGCUUUAGUUUGACUUAAAUAAGAUAUUUAUUUUUAAUACUGCCAGGGUUGAUUUUUUUCUAUGAAGAAAUUAAUGCACUAAUGCAUAUUAUUAAGUAGAAGAAAAUUAAUUUCCAUUGAUGAAAUCAGUUCAGGAUGCCAGCAGAAAUAUUGACUAGCUAUGCACUGACUUGGAACUGUGUGGGCCCAUAUACAAGUAAACCAAUUUUGCAUUCACUUGAAAGGAAGGUAUAGCAUUCUUGUUCCCUGAUUAUUAUUAUUUUUUUUUUUGAGAUGUAGAGAAAUUGCUUUAUAUCCUGCUUUGUCUCCUGAGUUGGGCCUCAAAGUAUUGAAAUGUUAUCUUCUGUACAGAAGCGGCUUGGGUGUAAAUUCAGCCAUUGCCACAAAUGUUCAAAGCAAUAAAGUGCUUUAUACUUUCUGAUGACUCAUAAACAAUAACUAAACUAGCACCCUCUUAUUUCUGAACAGGAAAGUGCACGUCACUUGCAAAAAUUGCACAGUUAUGGUUGCAACCCAAAGGUUAGGCUGGCUUUUGCUGUGUCUGGAAUUUCAAUGCCAAUCAAAUUCAGUAUGAUAAAUACACAUCCCGAAAAUAGGAAUUUCUAGUGUUCGUAUGUAACCUGUGCUUUUGUGCUCAAGCACAUGCUUGGGAGUUCCCUUUCUUCCCUGUCAAUCUUCAUGUUUGUCUAACAGCUUCUGUUGCUUUUACAAGUUGUGUGCAGUGCUUGUGGUUUUUUCUUGCAUUAAGCAUCAGGUGUGUUUAGUGAUUUGAAAUGUGGAGUAGUUAUUUAUCUAAUCAGGUUUGCUAUUUGGAAAGCAUACUUCCAAAGUAUUUUCAGCUCUCUGAAAUCAAUAACUUCAUAUUAACUAGUGAGUCCUUCUGAGUAACUUAAUCAAGCCAAAAAUCUAAAAUGCAUGUCAGGAGAGUUCGUUCUGUUACCUAAUGCCCAUAUUUGCACAUUAUUUCUAGCUAUGCACUCAAAGAUUAACUGAAUUUGUUUACUAUCAACACCGGGUUCAUUUAAAUCAAUAGGGGUUGUAUUUGAGAGUCUGAAGCUCAAACCUGGUGUUGCAGCUACUUUGAUUCCCAUGGCUGCCCUUUGAAAACUCACCAGUAUCACCACUCAGCUUUGCCUCAAGCUCCAAGACUUCAUUGAUAAAGACCUCCAGCUUUAGCUGCUGAGGCUAUGUUCUAAUACCAGAAGUAUUUAGAAAAGUGUGAAAAAGGGUUUGGGGUGUAAGUUGGGGAAAAAAAAAAAAAGGAAAAAUCAAUGAGUAGAAAAAUAAUGAAGGAACCUUUCCUACCAGAGUGCUGUUUGUGUUCUUCCUGGAAAGAGUUCAGACAGCAACCCAUAAGGAACAAUCUUGGAAGCUGCUGAAGUUUACACAUCUGACUCUUAAUGAGAGAAAAAACAAUUUGCCUUUUUUAAGACAUUUUCUGUUGAUGGUGUAGCAUUUCACUGCCUUAGCAAAACACUGACAUAAGCUAUUGGGAUGGAUUCUAUAAACUAAUUCAGUAUUAACUGUCAGGGAGCCCAGAUGAUAACCAUCAUUGCUCCUCUGUAUUUUUUUUUAACUAACAAAAAUUGUUUCUCAGUGUAUACACUUGAGACCAUUCAAGAUAGUGUAAUCUCAGUGCUUGUCUAAAAGUGUGUUGUAUUCACUCUGCUUAAUGGGACCAUCUGAAAUUUCCUGUUGUAGCUCCUAGAAUUACCCAAAUGACCUCUGGGACCAUCAUCAAGUUGUGUUUUUGUUUUUUUUUUUUUUUUGUGUGGUGUCUUAGUUUUGUUUGUUUGUUUGUUUUUGUGUUUUUUUUUAUUUUAAUCUUUUUAGCUGGAGAAAGGCUCUAGGUCUGUCAACCCAGACAACUCUAUCAGUUGCAAGCAAUUUCCUGCCUGGUUGGAAAAAGUCUUGUGUGAAGCAAAAGAACCAUAGUGAUUCAGAAUUGGUUCAGUUUGGAAUUAAAUCUGCAUUUCAGAUAAAUAUAGGUUAAAUAAAUCCUAAUUAUUUCAUCAUUUUGUACACAGUUAAAUUUCCUAAUCUGUAAAGCACUUUGUCAUUGGUCUUUUAGAUGGUGACUGGAAUGUACUCUGCUCUGCCAGCCUCCCUAAGACACUGUAUAACUUUUCUUCGCACAAUAAUAAUUGCUUAAUUUUGUUUGUUUAAUAUGAAAAAUUAUUUAAGGACAUGUUUGUAAUUUUACAAUCAAGAAGUACUUUCUCAUAAUUGGCAUGGGAUACUAAUGCUUCUCAAAUUUUGUACAAUGUUUGGGUUUUAAUGUUUGCAUUUGCUGCAUCUUUGUAAAUCGUCUAGGAAGGACCUUGUAUCCAAAAACAUGUUUGCUGAUUUCCAGAUUAAUAUUAUUAAUCUAAUGAGUACUUCAGUACUCAUCCAAAGUGCAUCAGAAUUUGAAGUUGAGAAAACCUGAAAGAAUGCUUAUAUUGGUUUAUGAGGAUCUAAUGAUUUAAUUGUAUGUAAUGAAAUUCUGGUUUGGUUUUUAGAUUUUAAUUCACUGUUUGACAAUGUGCCUUUUAUACUAAAUUGUGUCAAAAAAUAAUGAAUGUAGGAGUAUAAAAAGGUUGGUCAGUUUCUGCUAUCUCAGAUAUUAUAUCCUUAAACUUGAUAGUGUGAAAUGGUGACAUACUUUGCAUAAAACCCUUCCAGGUCUGGCUUUGAUUGCACAAUUACAGUAGCUACUUCUUUACUGAUAACGCUAAAUCAAAUGAAGGGCACUUUCUAUUGAUGACUACUUUUUGAAAAUGUCUUGUAUUUACACUUGAGCUGUGUUUCACUUUACAGCGGUCUUUUUGGAGGCCAGGGUUUUGCAUAUCACAGGAAGCCUUACUGUGCAACUCUGUGCUGUGCAUAAAAUAAAAAUCUUUCAAGAAGUAUAUGAGAUCUCUAUGGAAAUCUGGAUUUAUUUUUGUGUAAAGCCCAAAAUAUUGUCCAGGAAAACUAAUUUUCUAUUUUUUUUGCAUUUUGUAACAUAAUCUAGUAGCUGAUGCAUAUUUCUAGAUAUAGUGUGCAUAUUUCUGGAGACCAAAACAUGUCAGAAAGAAAAUAAAUAUAUGCAGAGACUGGUGUUUAA